AUGAGAGUGGCGGAUCUGGUUCCGUUUUAUGAGCUUGUCGGCACCAUCCAGCCACCCAAAGCGCUGCACGCGGGCGACCGCUUGAAUCUGGUGACGGAUGUCGCGCCUCCAAUCCACCUGUCCACCAUCUUCAGGUACUCGAAUGAUCCAAAUGAUCUAGGCCCAUCCGAGGAUCCAGUGGCCGAAUUCAACGGGAAGAACUUCGUUUACUCUCACGAGUUCGCCCCAAAUGCGACUAGAUUCGAAGCAGUCUGCUCCACCCUGUUCAAGGGGAAUGCCGUGAGCUAUGCAACGGUAUCGGUGGGUGAAGGGUACCACGUUACCCACGAAGUGAUCUCCGUCAUAUCUCGUUUCUCGGGACUGGAGAAGCUUCCUCUUGACUGUCCUGCCGAAAGUUUGAAUGCCGGUGAUGUCAUCCUGCUUGAAACGCCAGGCAAUCCACUAGGAAUUGCGUUCAAUAUUGUGGAAGGCCCAUUGGUGUUGGACAUUGUGAUGCACUCAGGAUCCAAGUAUUUUGGAGACCAUAGUGAUCUCCUGUGUGGUGUCCUCGCAACCAAACGGGACGGCUGGACCAAGCAGCUAUUCGAGGACCGGGUGGCUUUGAGCAAUGUGCUGGGGAAUCUGGAGGGGUGGCUUGGAACUCGAAGUCUGCGCACGAUGGGGGUUCGCAUCCAGCGGGCAAGCGAGGACUCUGCCAAACUGAUUUCCUGGCUCCACAAUGGUCUGAAUGCGCCGUCUCCGGCUGCAGGUUCUGAGGAGGCUAUUAUCCAGGCCGUGCUGCAGAAGAUAUAUCACGCCAGUCUCCAGAAUGAAGACUGGUUGAAGAAGCAAAUGCCGAACGACUUCGGCCCUGUUUUUGCCAUCAUCUUUACCACCGAAAACUUUGCUCGAGCACUGCCCAGCAAGCUGCAUUACUUCCAGCACGCGACGAGUCUCGGUGGUGUCAAGUCUUUGAUUGAGUGGCGCGCACUGUCCGAUUCAAAGGUGGAUCGAAAGUUAGUGAGAAUCAGUGUUGGGCUGGAGAAUUGGGAGGAUCUCAAAGAUGAUCUGCUUCGGGCGUUUGCGUCACUUGCAGGAACACAAUGA